UAUGGCUCUGGUUUUAGCUCUAAUUCUCAGUUGUUUUUUGGGGUUGACAAAAGGGCAACUCAGAGUUGGUUUCUACUCCCAAACAUGCCCCAACGCUGAAGAAAUCGUCAGUUCUGUAGUUCGAGAAGCUGUUUUUUCUGAUCCUAGAAUGGCAGCCAUCUUGCUUAGGCUCCAUUUCCAUGACUGCUUUGUUGAGGGCUGUGAUGGGUCCAUACUGAUAGACAAUGACCAAGCGUCAGAGAAACAUGCAUUCAGUCACCAAGGUGUUGGAGGCUAUGAAGUGAUAGAGAAAGCAAAGGCUCAAUUAGAAGCAGUGUGCGGCGGCGUGGUCUCCUGUGCAGACAUCGUGGCCUUGGCCGCUCGAGACGCUAUAGCUCUGAGCAAUGGGCCAUCCUAUGAAGUUCCAACUGGUCGCCGGGAUGGUCGGAUAUCAAACUUAGCGCUCGCCGAUAACAUGCCGGAUGUCAGUGACUCCAUUGAGCAACUUAAAGCCAAGUUCAUGCAGAAGGGGCUUUCAGUAAAAGACCUUGUGCUUCUCAGUUCUGCACAUACCAUGGGAACCGCUGCAUGCUUCUUCAUGAAAAAGCGGCUCUACAAUUUCUCCCCCAAGGGUGGCUCCGACCCAUCAAUUAACUUUCUGUCCCUAAUGGAGCUAAAAUCCCAGUGCCCGCAGAAUGGAGACGUCAACGUUCGGUUAGCUCUUGAUCGUGGGAGCCCUCUAACAUUUGAUGCCAAUAUAUUGCGCAACAUCAGAGAUGGGUUCGCCGUGUUGGAGUCCGACGCAAAGCUUUACCAAGAUGAAGUGACCAAGCGCAUCGUCGACUCCUAUCUCGGUAUGCUCAGCCCUAUUUCUGGACCAUCUUUUGAGACUGAUUUUGUUGAUUCAAUAGUGAAAAUGGGCCAGAUCGGUGUGAAGACGGACUCUCGUGGAGAGAUUAGGCGGGUCUGUAGGGCUUUCAAUUGAAGUGUAGGUAUUUGAUCGUGUAUUUUUUCAAGGCCUAGUUCUCACAUCACAUUAUAUAUGUGUUACGUUGGAUGUUUAGAUGAGCAAAUGCAUGAUUGAAUAAAUUUAUUAUAUUUGCAUUGUUGAAAAAUUUUUU